AUGGCGGUGACAGUCUGGGUGUCUGGAGUACCGGAUCCGUGGGUCUGUUUCAGAUUGGAUGCGUUCGACUCCUACAGCAGUGUGGACUCCGACGGCCAGCUGCGCCAGGAGGAUUUCUGGCCGGUCAUUGAGGCCUUCUUUUCUGACAAGCAGCUGGUUCGUCAGCAGUUGGACUCCUUCGACAACUUUGCCCUGCGCAAUGUGUCGGCCAUCAUCACCGACGAGUCCACCAUCACCGUCGGUGUGCAGCGCCAGUACUCCACGGUCAAUGAGAAUGAGAUCACCUUCUCGUUGGAGUUCCACGACCCGACUCUCCUGUCGCCCGGUGCCGAGGACGACAAGUGCGAGCGGACCGGAAGUUACCACGAUAAGUUCCUCCUGCCGAAUGAGGCGCGCCUGCGUGGCUUGACUUACGAGGCCGCACUCAACGUGCAGAUUGCCCAGCGUAAGAGCACCGCCGACGGUGUGGACCAGUCGCAAUUCAAGUUCGCCAUUGCUCGCAUCCCCAUCAUGGUCCGGUCCUCUCGGUGCUCCUCCAUCACGGCCUCCGUCAACAACCCCUCGCGCUCGCGGUCCUCCUACGAGACCGGCGAGUGCCGCUUCGACCAGGGCGGCUACUUCAUCAUCAAUGGCAAUGAGAAGGUCAUCAUCGCGCAGGAGCGCCUGGCCAACAACCAGGUGUAUGUCUUCCAUGCCCAGUCGAACAAGCACUCCUACACGGCGCACAUCAAGUCCGUCUCGUCGCGCCUCAACCGGCCCCCCUCUUCGGUGUACAUCACCAUGUCCAAGUCCCUGAACGACGGCCCCGGCCGGCUGAUUGAGGUGCACUUGACCAACAUCAAGACGCCCAUUCCCCUGUUCAUCAUCUUCCGCGCCAUGGGUGUUGAGUCGGAUUCGGACAUUCUCUCGCACAUUUGCUACAACCUGGAUGACAAUGAGAUGAUCGACUUCCUGGCCCCCACCAUCGAGCAGGCCUUCGACUACCAGGACCGGCGGUCGGCCCAGGCGUUCAUCGGCCUGCGCGCCAACACCGAGGGUGUGUCGGUGGAUGCGGCCUCGCGCCAGGCGAGCGAGCUCCUGCGCAAGGAGCUCUUGCCCCAUGUGGUGGGCGAUGUCCGCCAGAAGGUCAUGUUCCUGGGGCACAUGGUCCACCGGCUGCUGAUGGUGGCCCUGGGCCGCUGGCCGCAGGAUGACCGUGAUCACUAUGCCAAGAAGCGCUGUGACCUGGCCGGGCCCCUGUUGACCGAGCUCUUCCGCACGCAGUUCAAGCGCUAUCGCCGGCACAUCGGGUCCUCGCUGGAGAAGACCCUCCUGUCGAAGUUGGACCAGGCGUCGGUGCGCCGGCCGCUCAAUGGCGACAUGAUUGGCGGUGGCAUUCGGUAUGCCCUGUCGACCGGCAACUGGACCGGCGACAGUAAGGAGUCCUCGAGCGCCCGGUCCGGUGUGUCGCAGAUGCUCAACCGGCUGACCUAUGCCUCGACCCUGGCCAACCUCCGUCGGUUGACGUCGCCGGCCGGGCGCGAGGGCAAGAGUGUCGGCCCGCGGCAGCUCCACAACACCACUUGGGGCAUUCUCUGCCCGGCCGAGACCCCGGAGGGUGGGUCCUGUGGGCUGGUCAAGAACCUGGCCCUGAUGGCGUACAUCACCCGCGGCAUCAUCGAUGAUGAGCAUCGAAAGAUGAUCAUCGGUCUGCUGUCGGAUUCCGGUGUGGACCGGCUGUCGGAGAUUUCGCCGGAAAGUGUGCGCAAUGCCACCAAGGUCUUCCUGAAUGGCGAUUGGUUCGGCAUCACCACCUACCCCUCGGACUUGAUCGACAGCUUGCGGUAUCAGCGCCGGAAUGGCAAGAUCCUGCAGAAUGACAAUGACGGCCUGGAUCCGCUCAUUCUCUCGGAGAUGUCGGUGGUGAUGGAUGUCCGCGAGGGGGAGAUCCGGAUCAACACCGAUGCCGGCCGCAUUACCCGGCCGCUGUUGAUCGUCGAUCGCCAUGGCGAUGUCCCGACGUUGAACAUCACCCGGGAGAUUCUGGCCGAGCUGCGCAGCAUGAAGUCCGACGGGACGGCCGAGUCCGACUCGCAGCGCUGGCAGCAGCUCCUCAACCACGGCAUCGUCGAGUAUUUGGAUGUCGAGGAGGAGGAGUGCUCCAUGAUUGCCAUGACCCCGGAAAGCAUUGCCACCAGUGCCGUGCCCACGGACCUGGUUGUGCGCAAGCACUGCGACACGCACACCCACUGUGAGAUUCACCCGUCCAUGAUUCUCGGUGUGGCGGCCUCGCUCAUUCCCUUCGCCCAUCACAACCAGUCCCCGCGUAAUGUGUACCAGGCUGCCAUGGGCAAGCAGGCCAUGGGUGUGUAUGCCAGUAACUUCAUGCUGCGCAUGGACACCACGGCCCACGUGCUGUACUAUCCGCAGGCGCCGCUGUGUGGUACUCGUGCCAUGGACUUCAUGCACUUCCGUGACAUGCCGGCCGGGCAGAAUGCCAUCUCUGCGAUUGCCUGCUACUCGGGCUACAACCAGGAGGAUUCCAUCAUCAUCAACCAGUCGGCCAUUGAUCGUGGUCUCUUCCGGUCCAUCUACUUCCGGACGUACAUCGAGAAGGAGAAGGAGGGCGCCGAGACCAUUGCCAGCUCUUCGCUGGUCAUCACCAAGCCGGACAUCUCGCGCAUGGACAAGAACAAGGGCAGCAACCUGGACAAGAUGGACACCGAUGGCCUGGUGCCGCCUGGCAUCCAGGUCGGCAAGGAUGACGCCAUCAUCGGCAAGGUGGUCAUUUCCACCGGGUCCGAGCUUCACAGUGACCAUUCGAAGAUCCUGCGCGAGAAUGAGCAUGGUGUCAUUGACAAGGUCAUUGUCACCCAGGACCUGGAGCAUAUCAAGUGCAUUCGCAUGCGUCUGCGGAAUAUCCGCAUCCCGCAGAUCGGCGACAAGUUUGCCUCGCGUCACGGGCAGAAGGGCACCGUGGGCAUCACCUACCGGCAGGAGGACAUGCCCUUCACAGAGGAGGGCAUUGUGCCGGACCUGAUCAUCAAUCCCCAUGCCAUUCCUUCGCGAAUGACCGUUGGCCAUUUGAUCGAGUGUCUCCUGUCCAAGGUGGCCUCGCUGAAUGGUGUGUAUGGUGAUGCCACGGCCUUCGGCCAUAUGACCGUGGACAGUGUGUCCGAGGCCCUGGAAAAGCAGGGCUACCAGAAGCGUGGCUUUGAGAUCAUGUACAAUGGCCACACCGGGCGCAAGCUCCAUGCGCAGGUUUUCCUCGGGCCCACCUUCUACCAGCGUCUGAAGCAUCUGGUCGAUGACAAGAUUCACUCGCGUGCACGCGGCCGCAUGGUCCAGCUUACGCGCCAGCCGAUGGAAGGUCGUGCGCGUGAUGGUGGUCUGCGUUUCGGUGAGAUGGAGCGCGAUUGCAUUAUCGCCCACGGCAUGGCGGCUUUCCUGAAGGAGCGGCUCUUCUAUCAGUCCGAUUGCUAUCGGGCUCAUGUGUGUGACCUGUGCGGCCUCUUCGCUGCGGCCAAUCUGCGCAAGGCGCAUCUCAGUUGCCGCGCGUGCAGCAACAACAUCUACAUUUCCCAGGUGGAGAUCCCCUACGCUGCCAAGCUCCUCUUCCAAGAGAUGAUGAGCAUGUGCAUUGCCCCGCGCAUUUGCGUCGGCUGA